AUGAUAACUAAAGAUGAUUGUUUAAGAUUUAAUUGUAAAAUUUCACCAUUCCUAUUAUCAUAAUAAAAAAUCAAUCUUGAUAAAACAUCAUUAAAAAAUAAGACUGCAUUAGCAUUAGGUGUACCAGAUUUCAAAUGUUCUGCAUUAUUUUGUUCUGAUAUCAAGACUCAAGAACUUUGUGAUAAUACAGGUGAAUGUGUCUGGAAUAAUAAUGGUGUAUGUGAAAUCUUUUCUGGAUGUGGAUCAUAUUAAGUUGAUAAAAAAGAAGAUUGUUUCUUAAAAAGUACAUAAACCAAGUUUUGUACAUAUGAUGAGGAAUAAUAAAGUAAUGGGAAAUACAAUUGUAUUAAUGAUCUAUCUAAAUCAGGAGGAAGUUUUAUGACUUGUUUCACUUUAAAUAAUGAGAAUCUAUGUAAUCAAUACGAAUAUGCUGUAUGUACUUGGAGAACAUUUUAAUAAUGUGAAGAUGAAUCUGAUGAAGUUAAUUUGUGUUAGUAAUAUCAAUAUUGUAUUGGUGAGGAAAGUAAGGAUUGUGCAGAUCUUUCAGGAUUUUAAGAUAAGUGUGAUAAAAGAGAAAAUUAUUGUAAAUGGGUAAAUGAUAAUAGUACAUGUAUGGAAAGAGAAUGUUCUGAUUAUACAUCUGAAACUGAUUGCAAAAGCAUUUUAACAGAUGAUUUAAAAAGAGCUAAACCUUGUACAUGGGAAGAAGGAUUAUGUAUAUAAGGGUUUAAUUUAACUAAAUUAAAUAAAUACAAUUGUUUGAUUGAUUCAUUGAAUACUUCAAUGUGGAAUGAAGUUGAAUAGAGAUGUCAAAGUUGUAAAUUUGAAAAAAUAUUGAAUUUUAUUAUUAUUUUAUUGAUAUUAUUAUAAUGA